GAUAACGAGCUGGUCGGCGGAGCGGAAGAAUGAAAUAUUAUUAAUUCAUUUAAUUCACUCUUGAGCAGGAAGCCAGCGAUAAGAACAAAUGGCAAUUUUUUUCUAACGAUCCUGCUAUUGGCACACGGACAUCCUAUGGUUGCCCAAUGCCCACCAGCUCCAGGAAUUGAUGAAGUCGAAAAACCAGCAUGGCCACGUUGUCUUCUCACCCUUCGUCGUGGCUGCCAUGCUGGCACUGAUCUAUAGGUCAUCGGUGGGUGAUACUUUCGGGUGGUGUCGAUACCAGCUACGACAAGUGCUCCACAUUCUAUUUGAGAACGUGGGGGCCACGACGAUCGACGACAUCUUGGGGCGAGUCGGUUUCUGGAGCUCAGGCUACUCCAACGGAGCAACUUUUAAUGCAAGCAAGAUGAACAACCACGCUGUCUAUGGUCUGACCAAUCUGCCCUUGGAUUUGCCAUUCAGCAAGCUGAAGAAUCACGGACUUGGACACCUCAAUCGUAUAAUAAUAGCUCCAUGUCCUAGUUAACAAGUCUCUGCCUGUCCAAGGAGUCAAGGAGUCGCCAACAGGCGGUUCGUCUUUGCCAUCAGCACCCCCACCUCACUGAUGUUCAUAAUCGUUUGGAGAAGCAACACUAAAGUUUGUACUUAUGGAGAACUGAACUUCGAUAAUCUAACAUUACGUGGCGGGGAACGCAACAAAUUGAAUAAACCGAUUUUAAGCGCAAAAGUUUAAGAUCAUAAUAAUGAUCCGAUAUAAGGAAUCUUUUUGCUGGAAAGUUUCCUGAUAUUGUAUCUUUAUUAUGAUCUGCAACUUUUGGUCAUAAAAUUGAUUUAUACAAAUUGUUGCGUUCACCGCCACGUGACUUUUGGUUAUCGAAGUUCAGUUUUCCAUAAGUACAUCUUUUACCUUACUCUUGUUGAAGAUCAUGAACAGCACUGAGUUGGGGGUGCGGAUGGCAAAGACAUUAAAGUUUCCUGACAAUAUAUUAUAUAAUCAAAUACAUUACAAUGUACAGCUGCGGUCAAAAUAAUAGUAGUGGGAAAAUGUAAUGUGCUUAAAACAUACUUUUAAGGCAUUUUAUAAUGCAUAUUAUAAUGCUAACUAAACAAUAAACCAAAAGAGACUUAAAAUCCCUUUGACAUGGUUAUAGUUUUUAAAGAAAAUAAAAUACUGUUAAAAAAAAAUUAGUUAAAAUUCACUUUUUGAAAUGCUGUAGUAAAUUUAAGGAAAUAAGAAUAAAUCAUCGUUUAUCUGCACUUCGAAUUGGAA